CGUUCGUUCACGCCACAGGCAAGGCACAGGGGCUUGUGAGGGAGAGCGAGGAGCGGAGGAGGACAUGGUGCACGGGACGCUGGAAGUGCUGCUCGUUGGGGCCAAGGGCCUCGAGAACACCGAUUACCUCUGUAACAUGGAUCCGUAUGCAAUUCUCAAGUGCCGUUCACAGGAGCAGAAGAGCAGUAUUGCAACUGGAAAAGGAACUACCCCUGAGUGGAAUGAAAACUUUAUCUUCACUGUGUCUGACCGGACAACAGACUUGGUAAUCAAGCUUAUGGACAGUGAUACAGGCACAGCAGAUGACUUUGUUGGUGAAGCAACGAUUCCAUUGGAAGCAGUGUAUACUGAAAGGAGCAUUCCACCAACACUCUAUAAUGUUGUGAAAGGUGAAAAAUACUGCGGGGAAAUCAAAGUUGGUCUCACAUUCACUCCUGAGGAUACUCGCCAGCGGGGUCUCCCAGAGGACUUCGGUGGAUGGAAGCAAUCAUCUUAGAGCUAGAUGCUUUAAGGGUGCACCAGAGCACAGCGACAAUUCAUGCGCUUGGAGCCUUCAGCCGUCGAGUACUUCAUGCUAAUGCAGAAUUCAUUCGAUUUGGCUUCUUUUGAUUGUUUCAGAAGAAGUGUUAUUAGUGAGUUUCAACAAAAAAUAGCUCCAUAUUGCUCUAUAUCCCGUAUUGGAAAUUCUAAGGCCGUUUGUGAUUACUGCUUACAACAAGAAGUUUUGCUUCUAGUUCCCACUACGCUUUUUUUUGAAGUUUUGAGUGGAACAUCUUUGUGUUCAACGUUUGGGGAGGUGUAGGCCAGUAAUACUGCAAGAAAGGAAUAAUUUCCCUUGCAGCAACAUUGUUUUUUGUGAUCCUUGAACAAAAUUGUUCCCUUGACAUGUCCCAGAUGAUGAGAUGAGUGUAGCCAUAGUUUAUCUCUAACUUCCUGCUAAGAAACUGACAGAAAGUACUUUUUUUUUCCUUCUUUCGAUCUUCGUAAGGGAUUGAAGCUGCACUGCUGCAGGACAGCAGAAGGCUUCUGGUGCAAAAUGUGCAACCUCCUCGCCUGUUCGCCUCGCUUUAAUCUGUUUCUACAAUGUUUUUGUUUUCUUGUAUUGUAGCCGUAACAGUCUAAAUAGCCGCGAUGGCAAUCGUGGGAAGCAAUUGAACGAAUUGGUGUUGUUACUGUCGUUUCGGACACUGAAAGACCAUCUUUCUUUGCUUGCUUUGCCCCGAAAGGAGGAAUUUUGCAUUAAUAAUUAA